GGCUGAAGGGAGGUGUUGGGAGGUGGGGGGUGUCGUCACAGAGUUUGCUGGUCCUCACUUCUUCCCUCCAGAUCCAGGCCAACCCGGGGCGGAGCUGCGCUGUAGAGCUCGUCAUUUCCACGCUUUCGAUACCGGCUCUAUACAUAACACAGUGUUGUUGUUGUUUUUUUGUGCGUCUGGGUCCUUUUAGACUGAACGCAGCCAAAAACGAGGAGAGUUCGCCUUCGUGAUCGUUCGCCAUGGGAGCAGAGAGUUCAGUGCAGCGGGACGGGAAGACUCUGGAGGAUGCCUCAGCUUCAGCCUCCGCCUCCGCCGGGGAGCAGAGUGCGGAGGUGAAGGUGCUCCAGGAGGAAGACAGCGUCCUCGACAGCAAGCCUUUGCAGAAAAAUGGACAAAUCUCCAGCAUGACCAGUCUGAAUGGAUGCUCUGAGGACAACACACUGGCAGAAGUUGGUCAGCCUGAUGGUGUGUCUGUGGCUCAGAAAGAAGAGGAUUCUGAGACUAUGGAAACCAUCCAGGAUGAGGUGGUUCCUCAACUGAAUGGUGAGAAAGUGGAGAAAGAGUCUCCUGAUACCAAUGACAUCUCUACUGUUGAAGAGAAGGCAGUGGAGGAAAAAGCUGAUGAUGCCAGUGAAGUGGGCUUCAAGAAGAUCUUCCGCUUCGUUGGCUUUAAGUUCACACUGAAGAAAGACAAAAGUGAGGAGAAAGACCCUGUGAAGCUACUGACAGUUAAAGAUAAAGAAGUAGAAGAGAUCAAUGGGACUGAUGAACCUGCAAAGAAGGAGGAGGUGACCACUGUUGAGGAAAAGAGCACAGAUGAAGAAAAGGAAGCCAAUACAGAGACAUCUACUGCUGAACUGGAAGUCGCUAAAGCUGAAAAGACUGAUGCUCAACUCGAGGGCCCUACCACUGAAACUACUGUUAAGGAGGAAGGAGCUGAGAAGGAAGGAGAGCCCAUUUCACCAUCCCAAGAAAGCACUCUGUCCCCCUUCAGAAAAUUCUUCAGUGGAGGACUCUUCUCUAACCUGCGAAAGAAAACCAGCAUCAAGAAAACAAAAGAGGAAGAAGACAAGGAUGUAGCUGCUGAGGAGGAGACAACUAAGACAGUAGAAACUACUACUGUGGAAGAAAAGGAGGAGAAGCUUGAGGUGGAGCAAGAAACCAAGGAGGUAGCACCAGUCACUCGAGAGGAAGAAAAGUGUGAGUCCAAGGAGGAGACGCCAGCUACUACAGAGGAAGAAAAGUUAGAGUCCAAGGAGGAGACACCAGCUACUACAGAGGAAGAAAAGUCAGAGCCCAAGGGGCCCGAGGAAGCAAAGUCAGAGGCGGCCACAGCACUUGAGGUCACUGUUGAAACCCCUGCUUCUACUAUUGAUGAGACCAAACAAGAACCGGAAAAGGCAGAAACUUGUGCAGAAGAGGAGAAAGCAGCAGUGGAGGUGACUUCUGAGGCUGAGCAGCUAUCAUUACAGGAGAAGGCAAAACCCCAGGGAAGUCCCCUGAAGAAAUUGUUCACUGGAGCUGGCUUGAAGAAGCUUUCAACUAAGAAACAGAAGACCAAAAAAGAUCCUGAGACCAAGCUGACUGAGUCUGGAGAGCAGGCAGCCGAGCAACUUCAGUCCUUCACCGAGUCCACGGAGGCUCCAAAAGCUGACAGUGGACCCUCAUCUCCAGAGGAGUCAGGAGAGCAUACUAUUACUGCAGAGGUGACCCAGACAGAGUCUAGCCAAGAGGCUGAAGGUGAAGUUCCCUCUGAUGGAGAGAAGAAAAAAGAGGGCAUCAUUGCCUGGUCUUCUUUCAAGAAGCUGGUAACUCCUAAGAAGCGUGUGAAAAGGUCUUCUGAGAGCGAUGAUGAAGGCACAGGUGAGAAACCAGCCAAGUCAGCCACCCUGUCCUCUUCUGAGAGUGCUGCACUAGCAGAUAAGAGUGUUGAGGAGCCUAAGGAGGAUAAGCAAGCUGAGGAAGAGCCAAAGACUGAAAACAAUGACAAGCUGGUCAGCAGCACCGAGGAGCCCAAAAAGAGAAUGGACACCUCUGUCUCCUGGGAGGCUCUAAUGUGCAUGGGUGGACCUAAAAAGAGGACAAGGCAGACCUCUGAUUCUGAUGAUGAAGAGACCAAGAUUGAAGAGGCAGCACCAGCAGCAGUGGAAGGAGAGCAGGAGGUCAAAGGUGAGGCUGCUGUUGUCACUUCCCAAAAUACAGAAAGCGAAGGAGAAGCCGCUUCCUCCCCUGAACCUUCGGGUAUCCCCCCUGAGCGAGAGUCUGCUUGGGACACACUGAAACGCAUAGUUAUGUCAAAGAAUAAGGCCAAAGCUGAGGAAAAGCCUGAGGAGAGUGCAGACCAGGUCCAGUCAGAUGGUGAAACACCAAAAGAUGAAUCGUCUUUCUCCCUGAGGAAGUUCUUCCCUGGACGCAGGAAGAAGAAGGCUGAAAAGCAAGCCUCCACCGAAGUGGGCUCAGGUGAAGAAGACUCUGACACCCCAGCUGUGGUUCCUCUCUCAGAGUACGAGGAGCAAGUUCAGAAUGAACAGGAAGUGCCUGUAGAACCAGCUCCCAUCCAAAUUAAAGUGUCUGCUGAAGAUAGAUCCCCUUCAUGGAUCCCAGCCACUGUCGAAACCUUAGAUGAUAAACAUGAUCAGCUGAGUGACAUCCCAGAGGAGGUGGAGACUGCUGCUACACCGAAGUCUGUUGACACUGACAUUGCAGCAGAUGAAAUCGAGGAACUUAAGAUAAAUACCAUCCUGGAGCCACAUGCUCAUGAUGAGGCCAUGGCUACCUGCACUGGCCUGGGCACUGAGGAGAUUGCCAAAGUAGCUCUGGAGAAGCCUGUAAUAGCCGUAGAAGAGUGUGUUGUUGAAAGUGAUGUCGCAGACAUUCAAGCCGAAGCUGAGAGCCAGAAACCUCAGACUGAGAAGGUUGGAGUUGUCAGUACUGUUCUGGAGGAGCCUGAAGUUGUUCAGCCCACCAUCAUGAGCGAGCACUCUCCUAAUGCUGUAACAGUCAGUCCCAUUACAGCAACAUCUGAAGCAGCCAUUUGCACCCAGAGCAUAGAAGUUACUGGACCAACUGUUGAGACCAAGGAAGUGAAAAUGGAGAUAGAACAGCUUGCUGCCACUGAAGAAUAUAUAGCUGUUCAAGUUGUGACUGAAGAGGUGUCUUCCACCGUAUGUGAAAUUACAAAGACCACCAUUACAAAGGAGAUGGAACCAGCCAUUGAGACAGCGGUCCCUGUCACCCCACUCAGUGUGGAGUCUGACCAAGCUACAAGCCCAGGUGUGCUGGUCAUGGAAAUUGCAUCAGUGUCAGAGCCCGAGCAGGAAACCAAGGAAGAAAUCGUAGAGACUUUGGAGGCUGCUACAAUUCAAACUGUAGAGUUAGACACCAGUGCAGCUGUUGAGCAGACCAGCGAGAAGAUUGAAGAAAGCAAGGACGAUGUGCAGCAGACCACUGUGAUUGAGGCUCAGAGCAUAGUCAUUGCCAAGACUGUCAUUCAGGAUGCCAUGGAUAAGGUUUCAGAAGACACAUGUGAACCCAAAAAGCCCACCAGCCUAACACCAGUCCAGGCCAUAGCAACAACAGAAAAAGAGAUUGCGCUCACAACCGAGGCUCCUGUUCUCACUGACACCCCUGUUGCUGUUGUCUGUGAAAAGCCAGCUCCUCAGCCACCUUCUAUUGCCAUGGAGGUCACUGAGACAGUCCCAGUAGAUGUCACAGAGAGCCUUGAUGCCUCAGCGGAGAAGGAGAAGAAACCAGAGGAUGAGUUGAAACAAGCUGUAGAGGUAAAAGUAAGUGAAGAAACUGUAGUCAUGGAAGAAGUAGUGGAGAUAAAGCCAGGGAGUCUGGCAGAUGAAGAGUUUAAACAGAGCAAGACAGAAAAGAGUGAAGAAGACCCACAGGUUCAGGAACCAGAUGUAAAAGAAGAGGUUGUGGCAAAAGCUGACAGUCCUGCAAGUGAAAACAAACUCUCAACCCUGCCUGAAGCACCUCAGCUGACAGUUUCAGCAGAGGUCGUCGAUCCCAGCCAAGCCACAGAGGCAUCAGCCAGCCAGCCGGAGACCGAGAACGCUGCUCCAUCAGGAAAGUGUGCAGAGGUGAUGGCGCAGGUGAUUGAGGUGAUCGAAGAGGCUGUGAAGGAGAUCGAGCCUGCGUCGACAGAGAUCACAGCAGCGUCAUGAGCAGCUGAAGAUACAAGACUCCCAGAUGCCUCAGAGACACAUUGUCUGGACCAGGAAGUGAGUGAUGACGGGGAGAGAGAGAGGCUGCUCUGUGGUAAAACGCUGAGACUGGGCCCCGCCCAUCCUGUGCCCAUCCUGCCCAGAGAGACUGAGUUACUGAGUAACAGCUCUGCCAUCUUCUCCACCUCCUUUUCCACCUGCACCCCCACCCCAUACCUGCAGCCCUCUCACAACAACGUGACAUCCCACUGAAAUAUCCUCACCCACUCACUCACUCUCACACACGCACGCAUGUCCUGUGUCUCAGAAGCAUCCCAUAUGGCUUGUAAUCUGUGUGAUGUAUGUUCAGUGUCUCAGUGACUUUCCAUUGCCCUUGCUGCAUAAGGUGAGAGUCUGCAACCUGGCUGAGUGUGCAUCUGUGCAUAUGUGUGUGUAACUGUAUGGUAGCGAGAGUGAUUUGGAAGGCGGUCAGAUGGUGAAGAGAUGGAGGAUUCUUAUCUUGUAUAUUGUAUUUAUAUCUUGAAUAUUCUUUCAUUCACCCCAAGUCUUUAUUUUUUAAUUUUUUUAACUGUUUUUUUUUUAUUAUAUAGCUAUUGUUUCCUGUUUUUAAACUCUCAUAUACAAGAGGUAUUCUUUCAAGCAGCAUUGUGUGGAAAGUUUAGAGUGUGAUACAGAGAAACCACUAAAGAGUGAAGAGUAAAAUGUAUCUGGACAAGAAUUUAACCAACCAAAUGUGAAACUUGCAUCAAAGUGCCUCAUGUAUCACAGUUUUGUCAUAUUCAAAGAUUAUUUUAAGCAUCUGUAGCUGUUUUAACUAAACCAUGGUACAAGCAUGAUUCCACUGACAGUGAUAACACUGACUGCAGAGUACAACACGAGGCCAGAGUGUGAAAGAUAUUUCCCAGAAAUGCACCACGUGUUUGACUUUUGACAUAAUUUCUUGCCACAAUGUGUUUCUCACUCUGCACUCCAACAAAAUACUAAGACAAACAAUCAGUGCCUGAUUUGCUGUGAAGAUGACAUUGUUACACAUUGUUUAAUGUAUUAAUACAAUAAAAUACUAUUAUAACACUGUAA